AUGCUUAUUGAGAGCGUAACUGCAUUGACUGAAAAACGUGUCGGUAGCCAUGCUGCGAUUGGGACGAACGCGGGACGCGUGGGAUCGCUACAGAGAGCUAAAACGGAGGAGAGACGUAUUAUCCGACAGAAGAAACGAGAGACCGAAAUACGUGAGUGCGAGGAGCUUGAGAUGCUGGCCAAUAGGAACAAUGCCCGAAAGUUCUACCAGAAAGUUCGGCGGCUUACAGAAGGUUUUAAGACCGGGGCGUUUUCCUAUAAGAACAAAGACGGCGACCUGGUGACUGACAUCCAGAGCAGUCUUAAAUUAUGGAGGGAACACUUCUCGAACUUUUUAAAGAGUGACAGCUGCGCAUGUCACAGAGAAUGUGAAGAUCCUGAUACCCCAAUCGACGACGACGGAAUUGACGUUACGCUACCCGACCAUGACGAGAUGAGAAUAGCGAUAACACAGCUAAGCAACGAUAAAGCCGCGGGAGCCGACGGACUGCCAUCGAAGCUAUUCAAGCAUGGCGGCGAGGAGCUGGCAACGUGCAUGUAUAAGCAUCUAUGCAAAAUAUGGUCGGAUGAAAGCAUGCCUACCGAAUCGAAUUUAAGUAUUCUCUGCCCGAUUCACAAGAAGGGGGAUCCUGCAAUCUACGCAAAUAUUAAGAUCCAUCUGGAUAAGUCCGAAUUUCUCAAGAGAGAAACGGAAUUCCUUGGUCAUAUAAUAACGCCAGCAAGUGUUAAAAAGUUCCCAAUCCCUAAAAGCACAAAACAAAUCAAGGAAUUGCUAGGCCUUACUGGGUUUAGCACAUCUAAAGCUUUAACACACUUAAACAUUACUUCAUCAUGA